AUGGCACUUAGAGCUACAGCCCGCACAGUAUUACCCUUCAACCGCAUGGAAAAGUUAUCCAGUACGCAAGACAAUAUCACGGCUGGCUUCACCAUUUUCUAUUCGAGACAUUCUUGUUAUCUCAUGACUUCGUCGUCUUGGGCAGUUAAUGUGGGAAGUUGUGCUGUGGCCGGAUAUCUCCUUGGUCGUCUAAGCCGUAGAACCGAACCGCUUUGGUGGUCAGCCAUAGCCACUCUACCAGUCUCAGGCAAAAGAGUUGUAAGAAGCUGGAUUGCACGAAGAAUACGAAUAGCUUUCAUCGAGUCUCUGAAUAAUCGCGGCUACUCUGCGGACGGCUCCCGUAUCAAGGCAGACAAUGAGCCACCUUUGAUUGGAACGGUCCAAAUAUUUGCCUACCAGCCCGCAUUGAUCACCAUGAAAACACCAGAAUUGAAGGAAAAAGUAGAUCGAUCAGUUCAACUCUUUAUUGAGAAAGUAAAUACGCAGAGUAGGAGACCGACACAGUGGAAAGGUUACGGUCAGAAUAUGCACAGAACGAGACAACCACAAGCAGAUAAUUAUAAGGGUAACUUUGGUAAUGGUUCACGGUCGCUCAAAUUUAGGAAGUCUUCAUAA